AUGAGGUCCGGUGUAAUUCUCUUGUUGUUUGCGAUCCUGCAGGUAUCGCUGGCCCAGCAACCGCCCCGGCUCCAAAUCCCCGGCGCCGUCCUGGUGGAGAGCCCCAGAUCAGCCCAGCUGCGCCAGCAGCGCCUCAACGCCCAAGACUUCGUGCCCAGACCGAGGCGCCCCAUCCCCGUGGCACCCCCCAGGGAAAUCCGCCCCGUGGUGGAAGAGGAACUCGAAAACUACCCCCAGGCGCACUCGCUCAGCUCCUUCGACGACGAGGUCAACAAGCUCAGCAUACCAGCCUUAUCAACUGCUGUUAGACAAGCUGCUGAGCAAGAAGAUGAACCAACGUUGAGACCUUCACCGUUGCCUUUUAGACCUGAAAGGCCGAUUCCUAUACCAAGAGAACGCCCCAUCGAAAUAUCCUCAACCAGACCAGUACAACUGAGGACGAAUCGUCCUGCACCUAGACCGAUUCGACCAGUCGUGAGGCAGGAAUUGGACGAUGAUGAAGAAGAGAACAUCCCUCGACAACCCAUCAGACAAAAGGUGAGACCUCAGCAACAGCAGGUGUUCAAGCAGGCGCCUGCGAGGCCUUCGAGGCCUUCGCAGUACCAGGAGGACGAGUCGGGGAAGAAGCGCAAGCCGGUGGUGCAGAUAUUGAGGAAGUACCGGACGGACAAUCCGGACGGGAGCAUCACCUGGGGCUUCGAGAACGAGGAUGGGACCUUCAAGGAGGAAACGUUGGGGAUCGAUUGUACUAUCAAAGGGAAAUACGGUUACGUGGAUCCCGAUGGGGUGAAGAGGGAAUUCGAGUAUGAGGCUGGUAAUAAGUGCGAUCCCAGGCAGGCGGAGCUGGACGAGGAGGAAGAGGAGGCUUUGGAGAAAGCGCAGCAGCCUAAAAGGCCGCAGCCUAGUCAGGGUGGGAAGCAGGGGCAGUUCCAUUACAGGCCGCAAUUGGCACCUAAUUGA